AUGGGACAACCACAAAGUAAUGGACAAAACGCCACCCUUCUUACAUGUGGCCACAACCACGGAGGUCAAUGCAUCACCGAUGACUUUGUCGAUGUCUUUCAACUACACAAAGUCAAACUCCCCUUUCCGGAUUGGGUCGAAACAGGCAAUUCUCUGACCCGAACCAAAGUCAAGAAAGCCAUUCGUAUCAAGAAAACAAGUUGUGGAGCCUCUCAUUUACUUCUUCUCACGAACCGACUCAAUGAAGUGUAUGUGGUCGGAAAGAACACUGAAUUCCAACUCGGACUCUCCCAUAACAAACCCGUGAAGGAUUUAACGAAAUUGGAUACGAAUCGAUUUUUGCAACGAGGAGAGAAGAUUUAUGAUUUGUAUGGAGGAACUCUGGUUUCAUAUAUCAUUGCAAGAAAAAUCAAUAAUAGUAGUAGUAGUGAUCAUCCAUCAUCAUCAGCAACAUCCUCGGGUACAUCAAAUUUAUCAUCAAAUGAUUGCGGAGGAGAUUCCAUCUAUUGGUGUGGUACUCCACCGUUACAGAAUUUGUAUGCUCAUGCCUCUCAUGUGAGUAGUGUAGGAGAUGGUAGUCCUGGAAUUAUGGGUGGAACUACUAGCCUCAAUAGUGGUUCUGCAACCUCUUCUACAAUGACUUCCAAUUUAGCCUCACCAUCACCGGCUCAGCUCAUUGCAAACGUUUCAUUUACUCGCUGGACACCCGAAGAAGGAUGGAAAAAGAAUUUCAAAGUGAAGUGUUUUGAUUGCUCCAAAGUUGGAGAUGAUCAUUGUAUUGUGGUGAAUCAAUUUAAUCAGAUUUUUGGAAGAGGAUCGAAUGCCUAUCAUCAAUAUGGACGAAAUUUGGAAGGUCAAAGUUUUGCCAAGCUCACAGAAAUUAAAUUACGAGGCUAUGAACACCAACCACCCAAUGUGAAACUUGUUGCUUGUGGAGGCUAUCACAGCGUGAUUGUUUUACACAAUAAUGAAUAUUUUUGUUCUGGACUAAAUUGUCAUGGUCAACUAGGAUAUGAUGUGGAUUCAACAAUUUUCGAUUUUGCACAACCAAAAGAUCUUCCUUUUGCAGGUCGAGAAAUUACCAAUGUUGCUCUUGGAUUGUAUCAUACAGUAGUGGUUGUUGAUCAUUGUGACGUUUUUGUGUGCGGUGAUGGACGAUAUGGCCAAUUAGGAAAUGGUGAAAACAAGUCUGUCAAUUCGACUUUUAUACGUCUGAAGCUUGAAGCCAUUUCUCCAGUUACUGGAAAUUAUAUCAAACACAUUAAUACUUUUGUGACAGGUUUAUCAUGUGGUCUCACCCAUACAGUACUUAUAACUAGUGAUCGAAAGGUGUGGAGAUGUGGAGGAAACGAUUUUGGACAAAUUUUCCUUCCUAAUGAACUUCAGACAUGCAGUUUUCGUGUUGUUUUUGAACCUCGAUGUGAAAUUAAUCAAGUUUCUUGUGGAGGAAAAUUCACUGCUCUCUAUCUUCAAAAGAAGGUCAAUUUUUACGAAUACAAUAUUGUGAGACACAUGAAUAUCUAUCAAGACAAGCAAAAUAUGGCAGAAUAUUAUGACCUGAGCAUUCGAUGUUUGAAAUAA